CCAGGGGUUUUCGAUGCACACAUGUGACCCUUUAUGGGCCAUAGGAAUAUGAAGACCGCUUCUUGUAUAUCUUUUCCAUCACGGAACAAUGGUAUUCCGGACCUUUGGGAGGCGUGCGCGGAGCCGUAGGCAACACAUACGGGAUCAUGUCAAUUACGUGGACGAUUCGUAUGGUGGGACAACCUACGACGCCUUUAUAUGGAGCAACAGCGUUAGUCGAGACUACUUCGAGCCGCUGGCAUGUGUGCCCAUCAGCGAAAUAGUGUACAUUAGAUAUGGGAACAUAUCAACUACAUCAUUAACAUGGACGCGUCGUACGGCAGGGCAACCCACGACGCCUUCAUAUGGAGCAACAGCAUUAGUCAAGACUACUUCGAGCAGCGGGCAUGUGGUACCAGCGAAAUAGCGUA